AUGGAAGAAAAGUUAAAUGAAAUGGAACAAGCUGGUAUCAUCACAAGGACAUCAACGCCUUACAGUAGUCCAUUGACAUUCACUCUUAAAAAAGACGGCUCAAUUAGAGUUCUGCUUGAUGCCAGAAGCAUAAAUAAGAAAAUGGUUGCAGAAACAGAGAAACCACCUAUACAAUUAGAUGUUUUGAAUUCAUUUCACGGAGCGAAUUAUAUCACUACCAUUGACUUAAAUAAUGCAUAUUUUCAAAUUCCGAUAAAUAAAGAUGGUAGAAAAUAUACUGGAUUCACAUUCAAUGGAAAGUCAUAUGUAUAUAAUGUUUUGCCGCAAGGAUUAAAAACAUCAGUAGGAAGCUUUAGCAGAGCCAUGAAUUUAAUAUUAGGACCAGAAGUCCAAGAAUUUUGUGUGAACUAUUUAGAUGAUCUAGCCAUUAUUACAACAGGAACGUUAGAUAAACAUUUGGAGCACAUUGAUAUUGUUUUAAGUAAAUUGAACAAAGCUGGCUUAACGUGUAACUUGCAGAAAUGUGAAUUUAUUUGUAAAGAAAUUAAAAUGCUGGGUUUUAUAAUUUCAACAGAAGGCAUAAAGACAGAUCCCGAUAAGAUUCGAGCGAUCCAAGAGUUUCCAGCACCUAAAAAGAUUAAACAAUUAAGGGCCUUUUUAGGUCUAUGCAAUUUUUAUAGAAGGUUUAUACCAAAUUACAGCGAGAGCAUAAUACCGCUCUGUGAAUUACUUAAAAAGGGACGAAAGUUCCAAUGGAGCGGUAAAGAACAGAAGGCAUUUGAUUUUAUAAAACAACAAUUUAUUAAUACAAUACAAUUGCAUCAUCCAGACUUUAAUAAGCCGUAUUAUUUACAAACAGAUUGUUCCGGUGUGGGUAUGGCCGGAGUACUAUAUCAGAUAGAUGAUAAUAAUGAAAUGAGAAUUUUAGGCUAUCAUAGUAAAGCCUUAAAAGGCCCCGAAUUAAAUUGGUCUGUUACUGAACAAGAGUUUUAUGCUGUAAUAAGCUGA